AUGGCGGAGGCGAAUAUUUCGGUGGAAGAGGAGCAGUUCUGCUGCUCAAUCUGUCUGGAUCUGCUGAACAAUCCAGUCACCAUUCCAUGUGGACACAGCUACUGCAAACCCUGCAUCACACACUUCUGGGAUCAGAAGGAUAUGAGGGAAUGUCAUUGUCCUCAGUGCAGGAAAACCUUCACCGUCAGGCCCGAGCUGAACCGAAACACGGUUCUGGCUGAACUGGUGGAGAAACUCAGAAACACUGGAUUCCAGCCGUCAGGUUCGAGAACCUCAAACUUCGCUCCAUCAGAAGGGGUCAUGUGUGAUGCCUGCAGUUCUGAAAAACGACCAGCUGUCGCGUCCUGCCUGGUGUGUCUGGCUUCGUAUUGUGAUGUUCACGUUAAACCACAUUAUGAAUCUCCAGCUUUUAAAAAGCACAAACUGGUUGCAGCAUGCAGGUGUUUACAGGAGAAGAUCUGCUCUGCUCAUGAUCGACUGUUUGAGUUUUACUGCCGGACAGAUCAGAUGUGUGUUUGUUGCCUUUGCACCAUGAACGACCAUAAAAAUCACGACACGGUGCCAGCAGAGAGUGCAAGAGCUGAGAAAGCAGAGGAGCUUUUUAGACUGGACACAACAUUAAAUCAGAUGAUCGAGCAGAGAGAAAAAGAGUCUGGAAAUUUAAGAAAAGCAGUUCAUUGUACCAAGCGUAAAGCACACACAGCUAGUGAUGAGAUCAAGCAGAUUUUUGCUGAUCUGCUGAUCUCUGUCCAAAAGAUGCGCACUCAAGUGCUGGAACAGCUGGAAUCCCAGAAGGAGAGCGAGCUAAAACAAGCUCAACGACUGCUGGAGAAAAUUGAAGUGGAGAUUACUGAUCUUAAAAAGACCAGUACUGAGCUUGAGAGGAUGCUAAAGACUGAUGACCACAUUGAUUUUCUUCAGAGUUGCCUGUCUUUGAAUUAUCCAUCCGAGCUUCAAGCUGUGUCCGUCUUCCCCCAUGGAGCCUCAUUCGAGUGUGUCGUUCAGUCUCUCUCAAAACUACAGAAGAGCCUGAAGGACGUCUGCAGUACCGAGAUAAAAAACAUAUCAGAAACAAGUGAGACUCAUAGUAAAUCUGCACCAAUAAUAUCACUGUUACUGUUAAUUUUUUAUGUUUUGGUAGUUAAGGACGCCCGUAUCUCUCGGAGCAAGAAGGCCAGGAAAAAAACACCAAAACCAGCAACACAACCUGUUUCCAUCCCAGAACCAAAGAUAAGGGAGGAUUUUUUACAAUAUGCCUGCUUCCUUACUUUGUCUGCACCGAACCACCCAAAUCUGAGUGUGUGUGAAGGAAACAGGGCAGUUGAAUGUGUUGCUCUGGCAACGUCGGUGAACACUUGGCCUCAGGUGCUGUGCCGAGAACGUCUGACAGGGCGCAGUUACUGGGAGGUAGAGUGGAGCGGCAAGGGCGUAUUCACAAUCGGCAUUUCUCAGGCGCCAGUUCUGGAGAAUGGGUUUGGUGGAGACGAUCAAUCCUGGGCUCUGGACUGCUUCCAGCUGUCUUAUGUGUUUCGUCACGCGGGUGAAAGCGUCCCCGUUGUGGCCCCCAAGUUGGUCAACAGGGUGGGGAUUUAUUUGGAUUACAGGGGAGGAACCUUGUCUUUUUACAGCGUCACCGACACCAUGACUUUGCUCCACAGGGUCCGUGCUGACUUUACUCGGCCGCUUUACCCCGGCUUUGCACUCUGGGCGUAUGGCUGGCAAAGCAACACUUUUUCGCAUUUUUUUAACAAGCAGAGUUUUCACUCUACUGUUGAAUCUGUGUCUGUCAGACUAGUAAAUAUGUGGCAUAGGCACUAAGGAUGGUUGUGUGACUGGUGGUCGCCAAACACCAUGACAAAUCACGGAUCAGUAUGGCCAAACAGGCAUGCCAU